AUGACGCAGUUGGAAGUGCCCAAAGCACCCUUGUCGCCUAACUCGGCCCGUUCGGUCCAGAUGAAGGAGAAAGCUGCUCAGAUCCGCAAGAGCUUCCAGCGCCCAAAGUUUUGGGUCUUGGGCUUUGGCUGGUGCCUUGCAGGUUGCGCUGGUGCUGCAAACGUCAUAGCUUUCAAGAGCUGGCAUCUGUAUGCAUCACAUGUGACUGGCAGUACGUCUGCCAUGGCUUUCCGAUUGGAGGGCUACCACAAAGGAGAGUGGGGAUCCGAAAGCCUGAAAGAGGCUUGCUUUUUAGUCUUUGCCUUCUUGAUCGGUGCCUAUGCAUGUGGUCUUUUGAUUGACAAGAAUCAAGUCCACUUCUUAGGCAAAGCCUUUUACGGCUUGGCAUUGGUGUUGAAUUCGACCUGUCUUGUGCUGGGAGCAUUUCUUCCAGGGCGGUUGCUUCCGGUUUGCUUUGUCGCUGCUGCAUGUGGACUUCAGAAUGCCAUGUGCACUUCUCACUUUGGUGCGAUCAUCCGCACUACUCACUUAACAGGUACCGUCACCGACAUCGGCUCCACACUGGGCCGUAUCAGCAUGAUCUACCUUCGCAAGGGUUGCCGUCGUUCGUGCUUGGAUGACGUGGAGCGUGCGGAAGUGGGUGUGGACGGUCGAAAGCUUGGGGUGCUCUUUGGAUUGUGGAGCUUCUAUUUUGCCGGUGGCUUAAUUGGGAUUUACAUGGAGAACAUCAUUCCUGGUCCUCCUGAACGUGCCUUGCUCCUUCCGGCCACUUUCACGGGUGGCCUGGGCCUCUUCUACAUGGCUUGCCGCCAGAUUCUCAAGGACUAUAUCAAGAAGUUGGAGAAGGAUCGCUUUGAAUCCGACCUGGAAGAGGCUCACAAAGUCUUGGCCAACAUGGGCAACCGGCUCCAUGCCAUGGAGCACAGCGAGACUUCUGUCGCCGAGAUGGAUGCAGAGAUGGGACACAUGAUCGAGGCGCUCCACGAGGUGGAGGCGGACUUCGAGAAUCUCUGCCGGCAACACAGCCAGAUCCUGGAUCGCACCGAAAGUGGAACCAGCAGAUUCUCCAGCAAGGUUUGA